GGCAGCCUUGACAGAGAGAGGCAACAAGAGCCAGUCUACCACUGCAGGAAUAGAUGUGUUUUUUUUUAUUCAAAUUGAUUUCUAUCAAUAUAAAAUUAUCAUCCCAAUUGGUACUUUUACGGAAAUUGAAUGAGGGAGAAUGGAAUAGUCAUGGUCUCAUUGCCACGCCACACUUCACACAGGCUGCAACCAUUGGAUGUAGUUUUUUAUUCACCACUGAAAGCAGCAUACCGCAGAGAAUGUGAUUUAUUCAUGAAGUCCAGGAACUUGGUAAAAAUCACCCCAUACGAUAUAUCAGAACUCUUCAACAAGGCCUAUUCAAAGGUUGCAACAAUAGCAAAGGCCACCAGUGGAUUUGAGGUUACUGGCAUACAUCCAUUGAAUCCUGGUAUUUUUACCGAAGAGGACUUUCUGAUUGAGCAACAUCUUCCUAACAAUUCAGUUUCUACUACAGAAGAGGUAGCUUCAUCAGCUUUAGAAGAGGUUGCCACAAGAGCUGUGAAAGAGGUCACUAUGCAAGUUGUGGAAGAGGUAACUGAAAGUCCUCUUGAUAAUACUGAUACAUCUACAAUGCCUCAGAUCACUGUGCCUAACGAAAACAUCUCUCCCUUACCAGGUUGCAGCAGUUGUCUGUCAGUUUCGGGGUUUCCAGCCAAAAAAUCAAGGCCGAAACAACACUCAGAAAUCCUCACUUCAACUCCCAUCAAGAAUCAGCUGGAAGAGAAGGCAGCUAAGGGGAAGAUCAAGGAAGAGAGACAACAAAAUAGUUUGAAAAAGAAAAUGACUGAGAAAUCAUGUAACAAAGGACAAAAUUUUACAAAAAAAGUAAGCCUACCAAACCUAACAUGAAAGGAAAAAAGAAGGAACUAAAAUAUGACUCAAAUUCUGAGAAUGAAGAGUUUGUGUGGAAUGACAAUAAUUCUGACCUAGAAAUCACAGAAUUUGACGAUGAUGUUUGUAUUUACUGUCAAGACACAGGAAAAGAUGGUGAGAGUUGGUUUCGCUGUACAUCAUGUGGAUUGUGCGCUCACCAGCUAUGUUCUGGUUGGGAUAAUGCAGAAGGAUAUAAAUGUGACAUUUGCUCUAAAAUCGACUUGAACUAAGACUUGAUAUCCAGUGAAUUCUGUUUAUUUUGACCUAAUCAACAGUUUCCACACAUGAGCUUAUGUUCUUAUUUUGAUUAUGAAAACUUUGACCUUUGAUUUUUGAUUUAGAACUUUCAUUAUAAAAUAAAUACUUAUAAA